UAGUACUAGUAACAGUUAAAACUUAAAAGUCUAAAUAAAGAAAAAUAUGCAUUUCCCGAAGAGCUAUAAUGGCGCGACCGUCCAUAACACACAUGUCUUCAAAAGGGAAGAAGUGUGAAAUUAUAGAGAAAAUUUCAAACUUCAAGCAAACGCAUUCCGAUAAGAAAUAAAAGCAUCAAAGAGAUAAAAUGUCUCUCUACUUCUUUUAGUUCCUCCACAAAAAUCGAAACCUCGUACUGUUCCUUUUGUUUUCUCAGUACUUCUUUGUGUGUUUUGUGGUGUGACAUAUGAUGAAGAAAGAGACGUUAAAAGAAGUUGGAAUAAUUGGAGGGUUGGUCGGAGCUCAGGUAAUUUACGCCGGAAACUCGGAGAUACUGAGCCAGGUCUUGUCUCUUGGUGUUGAUCCCCUUCUUGUUGCUAUCUUCUGCACCUUUGCAUCAUUUAUUCUCAUCAGUCCUCUUGCUUUUCUCCUUGAAAGGGAAGUGUGGCCCAGAAGUCUAAGUUUCAAGUUGAAGACAAAACUGGUUUUGGUUUCUCUUGUUGGAGUAACUCUGUUCCAGUGGUUAUUCUUUGAAGGAAUGAAACACACCUCUGCAUCGAUGGCGACAGCUAUGCCUAAUCUGGCCCCUGCUUUCAUUUUUGUCAUCGCUUGGGCUACUGGGAUGGAGAAAGUGAAGCUAAGUUGUAUGUACAGUAGAGUUAAGAUGGGAGGGACAGUGUUAUGUGUGAUGGGAGCUCUCAUUAUGAGCUUAAUGCACAGUAGUACAGCCACAUCUAGCUCGCUCAAGGCUCUGCCUAUUGUCCCUGACGAUGUGGCUUUGGACAAGGAGAAGAUUUUAGGCUGCCUCUGUCUCUUCCUCUCCAUUUGCUGCUUGUCCUCAAGUAUUGUCCUCCAGGCAUCCAUACUAGUCGAGUUUCCGGCGCCUGUUUCUAUGUUCUCAGUGGUAACUUUGAUCGGUGGGUUCACCACGGUAGCUUUGCAGUAUGUUGUUAAGGGGAGUAUGGAUAUGGGAAGUGCAUCAGUAAUCGGUCUCAAGAAUCUUGUGGGAUACGCAGUGCUGGGAGGGUUGGUGAGUGGAGGAGGUUUAACUUUUAAUGCAUGGGUGAUUAAGAGAAAAGGACCAGUGCUUGUGUCUCUCUUUAGCCCAAUUGCAACUGUGGUGUGUGUUGUUGUCUCUGCUUUCUCCAGGGAUGACAGUUUCAACCUUGGAAGCUUUGCGGGAAUGACCUUGAUGUUUGGAGGACUUUACUUCGUUAUCUGGGCUAAAGGAAAAGAGGAUUGCGGAGAAGGAGAUGAAGUGAAAGUAUAUGAAGAAGAAAGUGUGCUUACAACAGAGUUUGAUCUUGAGAAGCCUCUCUUGCGUUAAAGUCUUGUUUUCUUAGUGUUCAUGUUUAUUUGGUUAUGUUUAAAGAAGUAAGAUCAAUUUUACUUUAUAGAAUAGAAUUAUGGGAUUGACAAAAAAAAAAAAAAAGAAUAGAAUUAUGUAUUUUAUUUUGGAUAUACAACAGAACUAUCAAUUACUUA